AACGGGCAAGCUGAAGCAACAAACAAAACCCUCUUGAGUAACCUCAAGAAACGACUCGACGCCCGUAAACAUAGGUGGUCCGAAGAGCUCGCAGCAGUUCUUUGGGCUUGCCGAACUACACCUCACAAAGCUACUCAUGAGACCCCGUUCUCAUUAGCUUACGGGCUAGAGGCCGUCAUCCCAACUGAAACUUCCGUUCCAAGUCUUCGCAGGAUGCAAUGUCCAGCGAACGUCGAGCUGAACGAAGAAAUGUUGAGAGAUCACCUUGACCUUAUCGACGAACGUCGAGAUCAAGCUCUGAUCCGGAUACAAAACUAUCAACAGGCCGCAGCUCGCUAUUACAACUCCAAGGUUAAACACCGGAGCUUUCGUAUAGGCGACAUGGUUCUGAGAAAAGUACAAGACUAUACCAAAGAGCGCAAUGCAGGGAAACUUGGGACCAACUGGGAAGGUCCCUACCUCAUUACCGAAGUAGUUCGCGAUGGCGUCUACAAGCUCACAAAAGUCAGAAACGGAAUACCUGAACUAAGACCUUGGAAUGCGAUGAACCUGAAAAGGUACUAUCACUGA